AAGGAGAAAUGAGAACUAAGAACUGAUGAUGAUCUCUCACCUACUAAACUAUUUCUGAACCUGAGACUAAUCUGGACCAGAGAUGAAUAAAGAAGAAAAAGACCCAAGAAAGAACAAGACUUUGGAGACUUUUGGAUAUUUUGGGAUUUUUUCCUGCUGAUAUCAAGAAGAAAAUAGGAUUAAAAAAGUGAAGAAGGUGUUUGAUUGGAAGAUCAGUCAGAAGAUGUUGAUGUCCACUUUAUCCCCUCAGAUGCAAAGAAAAGCAGAAUGAAAGGAAGUCAGUUCACCUGUUAAUGGAUACGAUGCUGUAGAGUAAUAUUUGUGUCUUAGUUUAAAUAAAGUAAGAAGAAAAAGGCACAACUGAAGAUAUACAGAAUUUGGUUUGUUUAAAAAACCUGUAGCUGAGAUUUUAAACAGAGGUUCUGAUCUUGCAUAGAGGAACAGAAAAGUUCAAUAACAUAAAGUGGUCAGAGGAAAGAUAUGUGGAUAGAAGAGAACAAAGACUAACAGGUUUGGAAAACCAAGAAAAAGAGAUUUACACACAAAAAAACAGGAGGAAGGUAAACACUUGAAAAAACUGCAGUGUAACAAUGGUUUCUCUCAGAGCUUUCCUCCUCGUCCUCAUUUUGCACACUACAGUUGUGGUCCCAGCAGCCAGCGUAACCCUGAGCAGGCUGGAGCGCUGGGUCCGCUCAGCCCUCCAGUCACUGCAGUGGAACCAGCUGGAGCGCUGCCGUCGCCUGUCCUCCCUCUCUGAGGCUGAAUGCAGGCAGCACGCCCACCUGCCGCUGUCCUCGGUGGCUGUGUACGUGGCGGAGCCUCACAGUGUCGCAGGUCACUCUGACAAAGUUUUGGCCAUCCUACCAGACUCCUCCGUCGGGAUGUUGAGCUCCAAGCUACGGAGACGCUUCAGCGGCAGCCAGGUGCUGAACGGGAUGCAGGGUCCCCACAGACACCAGCAGUCUCUCCCUCGCUCCAUGGCCCACGAUGCUGUGUUAGUGCUAGAUCCAAGCCCUGGGGAGAACUUUGGACACCCAGUGGUCCUCUUCUAUGUGGAUGUGAAUGUGACAAAGAAAAGAUGCUCCCACCUAGAUGGCAUUUACCUGGGUGAUGAAUGUUUGACGCUAGCUUUAAAGGGUCGCUGUGAGAACCAGCUGAAGCAUCGUCACACCGGGACAGAAAGGGUGAUUGGUAAUGGUCACAUGACAGUUGGCACCAUUAGCACCAGCGGUGGUAACCGUCUGCUCGAGCAUGCCAUUGGAGGGCUCUGUGAGGUCCACUUCCUCCCACUGGUCGUUGGAGUCAGAGACAGUAACCGAACACAAAGACUCAGAUGUGUUGAUCACACAGACUUUGCAGCAUGUCCUCUGCUGCUGCCCGUGAACUCGCCUAGUUUGCCCGUCUCAAGCUGUGAGCUGAAUAAAAACACGAGACGCUGCCAUCAGCAGCCUCUGGGCACUCACCUCUCCUGUCGCCUCUACCAGACCUGUGACCAUGCUGUCCUCAUUUCAGGUGGCUGGCAGCAACUAGUGAUGUUCCAGCAUCAUGUUCAGAAUCUUCAGCGGUUCUACAAAAUGCUGCAGAACAACGGCUUCCAUAAGGAUCACAUUAAGACCUUCUUCGGCAGCAGUGGACAGCUUCCUGAGGAUGUAGAGGGCGCAUACUCUGCAACAGAGAAAUCGGUGAUCCGUAACCACGUGUCGUACGUCUGCAGGAAGCAGCACUGUGCCGACAUGUUGGUUCUGUACCUGAACUCACCAACGUGCAAGGAUGGCACCAUGCUACUGUGGGAUGCCAACCUUAAUGGCAUUGCAGAUCUAAAAGAGCGCUACUCAGUCAAUGAGCUGUUGGCCGACCUGGCCGGCUGCAGGGCAACUCGUGUCCUGCUGUUUGUGGAUCAGAGCUACAGCGGUGUCCUAUCCAAGCGGCUGCAAGGCUCUCAGAAACACCUCAAUGUGGUUCUAAUCCAGAACCCGGCCAGGCAGACUUAUGCCCACCUGAACCACAAGUUGAGUCCAGGCUGGGAGGACAGCAGCUGGUCCUUAAUCAGUCCUGCCACCUGCUUGCUGGACCACCUGGGAAAGGAUGCUGGGAUGUUUCGCCUUCUGGAGCCAUGGGCGGGCCUUUUAAACGUGACCUUGGCUGGUGCCCCGUGCAAUGCCACACCACCUCUAACAGAUAGCGAGAUGCAGCGAGAGUACCAGGGCUGCCAGAAUCUGCCGACUGCACUUUGGCACCAGAAACUCAGAAGGGCAAACUAAAAGCAGAGCAUGGAGACGCACUGGGAGACUUUGAGAGAGGAUGAAUUAUGGACACACACAUACACAGAAGUUUGCAAUCCAAAACUACAAUUUUGUUGCUGUGUGUGUGUGUGUGUGAGUGUGUGUGCAUUGACCAACGAACAUGGUGGACACUGCUGUGUGUGUGUGCCAUCUAUGUCCUAGCUCUGAACUUGGACUGUAACCAUGAAGAUGACAGCUCAUCCCAACGGGAUGUCCUGAACUCUGUGUUACCAGUGUGUGUGCUUGUUUGUAUGCGUGUGUGUGUUUGUGAGUUCAGCAAGAGGACAGACGCUCUCAGAGACCAGCUGAUGCUCUGGCCAUUGUUGGAGUGUGGGACGGUGUGUACGCCGUAUCUCCUGGGCACUUAAAUGUUUUAGAUCCAAUCAUCCCUCUCUAUUUUUGUCUGUCCUUUAUUUAUUCUCAUUUGCCUUCUGUUUGCAUUUUCCACUCGCCAUGGACUUCUUUCUGCUAGUGUAUCGAUCGCUCUUAGUCUCCUUCAUUCCUCUGCAGCACUUUUCUUCUUGCUUUCACUCUAUAAGGAGGAUUCUCAUGUAAAGUCAGCAAACCUGUUAACCUGUUUUGACCAUAUUUGUAUAUCACUGUGUUCGCUUCUAUACAUGCAUUGUUUGUGUUUCAGUGACAAGUGAUAUUAGAUUAAUAGAGGAUGCUGAACAGUGAGUCUUUCUCCGGUCAAGGAAAUUCAUUCAGCACCCUUUUAAUUGUCUGUAAGUCAGCAGCAACUGCAGCAUGGAGCUACAGCAGAUGUUUAAUGUUCAUAAAACAUCUAAUUAUACGUCUUUAUUGAAACAAAGCAACUUUGAUCAUUUAGGUAUUUUUCUUCAGAGAGGACACCGUUUUAGCAUUAUAUUCCUUUGAUGGCGCUCAUUUCCAAAUGAUAACUACACAUUAGGAGUGUAAAACAACAACACAAGUACAAGAUUUUAGCCGACUGUCAAGAUGUUGCUGCUCACUUCAGGCAAAAUUCCUAAUGAUUAUUUUACAUCUUAAAGUGUAUCUGUUUUCACAAUAGAUGUCAGUAUUGUCUCUAUAACAAGAAAAUGUGUCAGGAAAAAAAAUUACCUCAUGAAAAGUCCUGGGCUACAGCGUCACAGGACGUCCAUGUUCUUCAGUCCCCCUUUGAAGCUGGUAGUCCAGACAGCGCUCCACAU